AGAGGUGCAUGAUGGGAAGUCCACUAUCAUGGGUACGUGAAAGCAUGCAGGACUUGAACACGCUCACCAGUAACCAGCAAGUCACCCAAAGGGAGGAAAGGCACACUUUUCCAUCCGGGGAAUAGCGCGUCUUUACGGGGGGCCGAACCGUGCAGUGCACCGCAGCAGCAGCCGCCACGAUGUGUGUCCGCCGCUCCACGAAGCUCCGCCGGGGAAGCGAGUCGUUGACCGGAUGAUGGACAGGAACUACCCGAGCUCCAGCUUUGCGGACGCGCCGGCUGCGGCAGCACAGCCCGCAGCUUCUUGGGCCUGUGACCGCGGCUUGGCAUCCAUCAAGCCAAGUUAUGGCGCAGCACAGCUCAAUGCAGGGCUCCUUCAGCAACAUUGUUACACUUCAACACCGCAACUCCCCACCUACACUACAGCACAUCUGGCUCCUGCCGCAGGAGCGCUUGAAACAAACAUUAAUACUUCAGAGACCUCAAUUAUGAGCUUCCUGUCAUCCAUGGAGUCAAGAAGCCCUGUUAGUGCCUCACUGCUUCCUCCUUUUAGACCUCCAUCAUGGCCUGCAGGUACCAACCCCUCCACCACGGAGCUGUAUUUGACUGGUGCUCUGUCUUCUGCCACCACAUUUCCUACACCGGCUGCUCUGUCAACUUAUCAACACACUGGUCCGUACACUUCCAGGAGUUAUUCCACCAACCCAGCACUGGGUCUCCAGGAACCAUCCUUCAGCACUUCCAUCAAUGGCCUAUUAUCUCAUAACGAUUCCAUCCUCCAGCACAAACCCAGUCAAAGUAUACUUUCAACAGCACUGGCCUUCAAUCUUACUGGCCCCGUUUCGGGCUCAGCUCUUCCAGUUGAGUCCUCCACGUAUCGGUCAGCCCAGGAGUCAGCCCCCCAUCUCCUGCAACCACAGUUUAGCCUUCUACCAGCAGCCCUCCCUGCCCCUCAAAGUCCCUCGCAGUCCUACGGGGCCACCGUUUUCUCAGGCUCUGUUGAGAGAGCACUUCAGCGGGAAUGUAGCGUGAUCAAACACCACCAGAGGCCUUCUAGCAGCCACAUAGCCUCAGAACUGCCGCCAAACUCUGAGGACUCCUCACAGAGUUACUAUGGUUCUGUCGGGGAAGGGGCCAUGUCUUACCGACAAGACUCAUCGUGCGAUACCUCGGUAUCUUGCAGUCCUUCAACAGACACUGAUUCCUCCCACGGUGUCAAUAGUGCCAUAAAACACAAAGUGGACUCAUUUACUCAUAGUUAUUCUUGCACCACAGUCCCGACAGCUAAAGAGUGCUCCUCCAAACUCACUUUUGUUGGCCGUGAGGAGAAUCAAAGCCUCUCUCAGAAGCAGAACUCUGUGAUUGCUAACCAGGUACCAGCGCAACUACCCAGCCUUAUGUCCAACACUCUGUCUCAGACCUAUAUCACGCCACAUACGCAGACGGAGCCCGCCAAUUCCUCUUCAGACAAUUUGUCAUCCUUAUACAAGACAUUGCCUUCCAUCUCCAGUCUGUCUGCCAAUGGGGCGUCUGUAAGUCAAGCUCUUCUGUUCUCUCCCAAUCCAAGCCUGAGCCAAGAACAGUAUGGUGUCGAAGUCCAGGGUUUGUGUCAAGGUAGCUACCCAUCGUCUCACUCUCACACUGACCCAAAUGUGGCUUAUACGUCAGAGUCACAGGAGCAGGCCUCAGUGACUCAAUCUCAGCAAUAUGCCACAAUACCGUCUUUGAAUAACUCUUACCAAGCCACUUCUGCACAUGACUAUACUCAGAUACAAGCCUCUGUGGGACAUAAAACACUUGGCACAGUUUCCCAGCAGGUAACAGUGCAGACUCCACAUACUUCUGAGACUGUGUCUGCUACCUACUCUUCAACUUCCCAAGCUUUAAGUAAUAAUAUCAGAUUAUCAUUAAGGGACAUAAAGCCAAUGUAUGGCAAACAAACACUUGAAGAACUUUCUAUACAGGACCUACAGGCUCUCCAGCAGGCGUCCAUGGGGGGCUCUGCUAUUAAUGGUACUGUGGCAGCUCACAACAAUGUAAUCUAUGUUGUUUCAAAAAUGGAGGACCUCCACAAAACGCAAAGCGUCAUCAAAGACAGUUCACGUUCUGCUGACCAGCUCUCGCAGCUAAACACAGCACAUGUUAACCACGAGAGGUUGAGCUCCAUGGGCCAGCAUCACAGUCACCUAAGCAUUGUCAAUGGCCAGGUAAAUGCAGAUCCAAAAACAAAUAACUCUGGUUUUGUAUCUUCACAUAUACUCCUGAGUCCAGAACUUAAGCAGCGGCCUCUCCACAUCAAAUUACCUGAGUCACAACAAACUCACCAGGACCAUAUCCCAGCAGUCCACACCCAGUGCAUCACUGUCCCUAACGCACAGGUUCUCUUGGAGCCCAGCCAGAUGAAUCUCCUCCAGCAGCCUCUUGUGCAAAAUGCUCAAAUGUCUUCAAAGGUAGUAUCUGCACAAGGCCUUCAAUCAACCCAAGGUUUGAGCCCUUUUAAUGUGCAGUACCUUCAGAUGGAUCGUGAACAACUGCUUUGUCGCAGUGUCUCUGAAAGUCAGCAAGUUACAGUCGUGUCUGAGCAGAGCUCAGGGUGCUCAGAUUCCUCUAAAGACCACUACAGCCAUUCAGCUAAUGACCAGUCAAAUGAUGCUAAGAACCAAUUUGCCCUUAACUCUCUUUGCUUCCCAGACUCUGUCUUACUAGCCGAUGAGAGAAAUAUUUUAUCAAACGUUGAUGACAUCUUGGCUGCUACUGUGGCUGCUUGUGGUGUCACACCGCAAGACUUUGUCAAAGCCGCAUCCUCCACCCAGGCUGAAAUUGUAGCAAUGACAGGUUCUGUCGAUACCAAGAAUCACUUUCAAACGGUGGAUAUAACGCACAUGUCACCCAGUUUCUCCACAGUGCAGACAAUCCUUACAGGCAGUAACUCCAUGACUAUGAUGCUAAAUGAAGCACAGAUCUCUACAGACCGCCAAGGACUGUCAGUUCAUCACAACAGUUCUGAUCUUGACACCAAUGGAGAUGGAGAGAGCUCUGAAAACGACUACCACUCAAUCAGGCACGUUUAUGACCUGUCAGGCUUGCAAAGCAGUGUCAAAGGAAAGUGUAUCACAACUGAGAACGGCCUAAUGAAAAAUCCAGGUGUUGAGGACUUCCCCCAAAAGAAAGUUUGCCCUCUGUCUUUGAUAAAGGGUGAGGAUAUAGUACAAGCAAAACCAGCCAAGCGCACUGUACAGGCAAAGCGGCAGAACUCUAGAGGCAGUGAUUCCAGCCCAUCUGCCUCACAAAGCACAAAUGAUAGUUGUCCACAGCAGGAAAGAAUCAGGCAGAAAAUUCGGGAAGUGGAAGAGAAACAACCCGAGGUGAAAAACGGUUUUAUCGGCUCCUUCCUGGACUUCAUUAAAUCUGGCCCCAAACAACAGUCCCCUACAAAUGCUUCAAGAAACACUAGUCGCCCCAAAAAGACUGGUGUCUUGACCAAACCACCACCAAGUAUUGAACCCCCCAAAAUUCAAACUGUACCAGGUUCACUGAUUGCCCAGCAGAGUCAGGGAGUGAGCUCUCAUCAGAAACGUUUGGCUGACGAGCUACAGAAGAAUUUGGAGACGCUACCGUCAUUCAGCUCCGAUGAAGAGGAGAAUACGGGAAGAAACCAGGCGCUAAGGAACAGUAUCAGCUCAGCACUCUCUGCGCUUGAUGAGUUCUCAGAACGGAAAAACAAGCUAGAAAACCAGGUCCCCAUUUCGAUACUAAAACCACUCCAAGUCCCCGCUGUGACAUUCAACAUCACAGAAACCUGCCCUCCACCCAUAUCUACUUCCACCCAAACACCAAACGCGGUUGUCACAGGAAUCACUACCACGACCAGGCAGCAGCCCAAAGAGAUGCCACCUGGCCAGCUCGCUGUACAGCUGACAAGUGUGGCCAUUGAGGGACUGACUGAUGAGGAGCUGUCGGACAGUGGAGGUGAAGGAAUGUACCGGGAGAGAGACGAGUUUGUUGUGAGAAAGGAGGAUAUUGAGACCUUAAAGGAAACUAUGCGAUCAGGAAGUGAGCCUCCUGCCAUUUGGAAAGUCCAGAAGGCUCUGCUGCAGAAAUUUGUGCCAGAGUUAAGAGACGGGAAGCGAGUGUUUUCGGCUACUAACAGUUAUCUGGGAUACUUUGGUGAUGCCAAGACCAUGUACCAGAGAGUCUAUGUGAAGUUUCUGGACACUGUGAACAAAAGAGAGUAUGUCCGUGUGUGCAGUCGGAAGCCACGCUGCAAGCCUAUGAACUCGUUAAGAGGUUUUCAGGUGAAGACUCUGCUGGGCUUGACAGCUGCCCCUCUUUGCCAGUCUCAUACCCAGAAUCUUCGGCCCAUCAAACCUCUCAAGCCAAGAGCAGAGCCACCGCCCAAGAAGAGGCGGAAAUGGAAGGAGGCCUUGUCGCCCACUGCCUCGGGAUCAUCCUCUGCAGAAGAAGCUGAUGAAGAUGACUUAAACCCUCCUGUGCCUUUUGCUUCACGACUUCUCAACACAAGAACCAUGAAGGACACUUUCAAGAGCUUCGUGGAGCUGCUCAUCAGCUUUAUCCUCGACGAAAGUGUGAUGACCGAACUUGAAAGAAGGAAUGAUGAGUUGUUGCUGCCACAUAUGAGAAGAAUGGACGAGUUGAUCAGUGACAACAGGAAACGCUUGCUUCACAAACUGCACAUUGGGCAAGUCCUUAAGACGUCACUGGACAGCUGCCCAGAGAUCUCCGUGGUGACGGAGUUGAAAAAGGAUGGGGAGGCACCUAUCUUUAAAGUGCGUCUCAGUGGGAAAGCCUACAGUAAGAAGACCAUGAAGCCUUACAAGUUGCCUAACAAAGUACCACAGGAGUACACGGUGGAUCAGCAGAAAAGCCACUGGUUUUCUCUGUAUCACUCUCUACAACACUACAAGUACCACACAUACCUCAUGUGUAAGGACGAGGUCCUGCGGGUGCAGGCGGGAGAACAGGGGCAGCAGGAAACUGUGCAAAAGUAUCUGCAGAAUUUAGCGUGGGUGGAAGGGCUUUUUAAUCGUUUUGAGGAGCUGAUCAAUCAAGUGCAGCUGGCCUGCCGAUGAUGGAUUCAAAAAGACAAAAACAUAGUGAUGGAAUGUAUUUAAACAAGGACUCCGAAGGCUGUCCUACCUAUAUGUCUGCUCAAGAGUGGCUGAGGCCUUAAUAGGACCCCGUAAAGGUUAGUGUCAGCAAAAAGCACCGUUCAAUGACUUUUUGGGUGUAUUUUCCUCAAUAAGCUUCUCCUAGUUUGUCUUAGUUUGCAGCCACACGUUUCCUGUUACUGGUCUCUGUCAUGGAGUUCCAGUUUGUAUUUGUUUUUGGCUGGAUAAGUAUUAACACUCGAUAAGAUGCAAAGUAUGUGGCCUACAAAGUUAACUAGUUUUAUCACUUUGACAAGUAGGCACAACUAGAGAGAAGCUGAUAGAUUGCACAAAGAAAAAUCUAUUAUAUAUAAUCUUAGUUAUAUACGGUUUGUCAAACAUCCCUUUUUCAGAGUGCCAACUCACACGUGCCCAUGCAUGUGUGUGUGUAUAUAUAUAUACAGUGGGGCAAAAAAGUAUUUAGUCAGCCACCGAUUGUGCAAGUUCUCCCACUUAAAAUGAUGACAGAUGUCUGUAAUUUUCAUCAUAGGUACACUUCAACUGUGAGAGACAGAAUGUGAAAAAAAAAAUCCAGGAAUUCACAUUGUAGGAAUUUUAAAGAAUUUAUUUGUAAAUUAUGGUGGAAAAUAAGUUUUUGGUCACUUCAAACAAGGAAGAUCUCUGGCUCUCACAGACCUUUAACUUCUUCUUUAAGAAGUUCUUCUGUCCUCCACUCGUUACCUGUAUUAAUAGGAACCUGUUUGAAGUCGUUAUCUGUAUAAAAGACACCUGUCCACAGCCUCAAACAGUCAGACUCCAAACUUCACUAUGGCCAAGACCAAAGAGCCGUUGAAGGACACCAGGAAAAGAAUUGUAGACCUGCACCAGACUGGGAAGAUUGAAUCUACAAUAGGCAAGCAGUUUGGUGUGAAAAACACAACUGUGGGAGCUAUUAUCAGAAAAUGAAAGACAUACAAGACAACUGAUAAUCUCCCUCGAUCUGGGGUUCCACGCAAGAUCUCAUCCCGUGGGGUCAAAAUGAUCAUGAGAUCGGUGAGCAAAAAUCCCAGAACCACACGGGGGGACCUGGUGAAUGACCUGCAGAGAGCUGGGACCAAAGUAACAAAGGUUACCAUUAGUAACACACUACGCCGACAGGGAAUCAAAUCCUGCAGUGCCAGAUGUAUCCCCUCUGCUUAAGCCAGUGCAUGUCCAGGCCCGUCUGAAGUUUGCCAGAGAGCACAUGGAUGAUACAGCAGAGGAUUGUGGGAAUGUGAUGUGGUCAGAUGAAACCAAAACAGAACAUUUUGGUACAAACUAAACUCGUCGUGUUUGGAGAAAGAAGAAUACUGAGUUACAUCCCAAGAACACCACACCUACUGUGAAGCAUGGGGGUGGAAACAUCACGCUUUGGGGCUGUUUUUCUGCUAAGGGGACAGGACGAUUGAUCAGUGUUGAGGAAAGAAUGAAUGAGGCCUUGUAUCAUGAGAUUUUGAGCCAAAACCUUCUUCCAUCGGUGAGAGCUUUGAAGAUGAAACGUGGCUGGGUCUUCCAACAUGACAAUGAUCCCAAACACACCGCCCGGGUGACAAAGGAGUGGCGCCGUAAGAAGCAUUUGAAAGUCCUGGAGUGGCCUAGCCAGUCUCCAAACCUCAACCCCAUAGAAAAUCUUCGGAGGGAGUUGAAAGUCCCUGUUGCUCGGCGACAGCCCCAAAACAUCACUGCUCUCGAGAAGAUCUGCUUAGAGGAAUGGGCCAAAAUACCAGCUACUGUGUGUGCAAACCUGGUAAAGACCUAUAGUAAUCGUUUGACCUCUGUUAUUGCCAACAAAGGUUAUAUUACAAAGUAUUGAGUUGAAUUUUUGUUAUUGACCAAAUACUUAUUUUCCACCAUAAUUUACAAAUACAUUCUUUAAAAUUCCAACAAUGUGAAUUCCUGGAUUUUUUUUUUUGACAUUCUGUCUCACAGUUGAAGUGUACCUAUGAUGAAAAUUACAGACCUCUGUCAUCAUUUUAAGUGGGAGAACUUGCACAAUCGGUG